UGGUAGAAGAACAAGCUCUCACCAUUUCUCCUUCUCUCUAAAAAAAAAUCACUUCACCAGAUUCUUUUUAUUUAAAUCCCAGAUUUUCUCGGGAAAAAAUAAUUGUCUCCUUCUCUUUCACUUGCUCGAUAACACUCUUUUAUUUUUCUAGAUCUACCUGAUUUUUUUUUCUGCUAAAACCAUCCAAAAGUCUCCGGCAAGAUGUGUCUGCUUGUGUUCUAUUGAAACUUGUUUUAAAUCGAGAAAAAUCAAAGGAAUCCGAUUUUCCACCAGAUGUGCUGUGGAUCAUCAUCAGACCAAUUAAACCAGAACUCAUCUUCAGAAGAUACCACCACCAACAACAACACAGAGACUAUGAAUCACUUGAGAGUCGAAACAGAGGACACCUUCGCUAGCCUCCUUGAGCUCGCAGCUAACAACGAUGUAGAAGGCGUAAGACUAUCCAUCGACAGAGACCCUUCUUGUGUAGACGAGCCUGGUCUCUGGUACGGUCGUCAAAAAGGAUCCAAAACCAUGGUCAACGAUCACAGGACCCCCUUGAUGGUUGCCGCUACUUACGGAAGCAUCGACGUGAUCAAGCUUAUCCUCUCUUUAACCGACGUGAACCGAGCUUGCGGGAGCGAUCAGACCACGGCCUUACACUGCGCCGCCUCUGGAGGAGCUGUGAACGCUGUACAGGUCGUGAAGCUGCUUCUCUCCGCUGGAGCUGAUCUGAAUCGAGUUGAUGCUGAUGGUCAAAGAGCUGGUGAUGUUAUCGUUGUCCCUCCUAAGCUUGAAGGUGUGAAGCUGAUGCUUCAGGAGCUUCUCUCUGCUGCUACCGCCGAGAGGAACUUGAGGGUUGUGACGAAUGUUAGGAGCAGGUCUCAUUCUCCUACUGAAGAGGAUUGUGGUGGUGAUGGUGAGUCUCCGUUUAAGAUGAAAUCGUCUAUGGAGUUUAAGAAAGAGUAUCCGGUUGAUCCGUCUUUGCCUGAUAUCAAGAACAGUAUCUACUCUACUGAUGAGUUUAGGAUGUAUUCCUUUAAAGUCAGGCCGUGCUCGCGGGCUUACUCGCAUGACUGGACGGAGUGUCCUUUCGUUCACCCGGGGGAGAACGCGAGGAGGAGAGAUCCGAGGAAGUACCAUUACAGCUGUGUUCCGUGUCCGGAUUUUCGGAAAGGAGCUUGUAGAAGGGGAGAUAUGUGCGAGUUCGCGCACGGGGUUUUCGAAUGCUGGCUUCAUCCGGCUCAGUACCGUACAAGGCUAUGUAAAGAUGGGACAGGUUGUGCGCGCCGUGUGUGUUUCUUUGCGCAUAUACCUGAGGAGCUUAGGCCGUUGUACGAGUCGACAGGCUCGGCUGUUCUUUCGCCUCGGUCGAACGCGGCUGAUUUCGCUGCGGCUUUGAGUCUUUUACCGGGCUCUCCGUCAGGUGUUUCAGCCAUGUCUCCGCUCUCGCCGUCCUCGGGGGGUAACGGGAUGUCGCCGUCGAUGGCCUGGCCGCAGCCGAAUGUGCCUGCUCUGCAGUUACCUGGGAGCAAUCUACGGUCGUCGAGUAGGCUGAGAUCUUCGUUCAACGCGAGAGAUGAGAUGAAUAUGCUUGCGGAGUAUGAGCAGCAGCAGCUUCUCAACGAGUUCAACAGUUCGUUGAGCAGGUCUGGUCGGAUGAAAUCGUUGCCUCCUUCGAAUCUUGAAGAUCUUUUCUCAGCGGAAGGUGGUGGCUCUUCCUCGUCUCCUCGGUUUAAUGAUUCGGCUUUGGGGUCUGGUGUUUUCUCGCCUACGCAUAAGUCAGCUGUGUUCAACCAGUUCCAGCAGCAACAGCAGCAGCAGCAGGGGAUGUUGUCUCCUAUCAACACAAGCUACUCUUCACCAAAGAGUGUGGAUCACUCUUUGUUUUCAGGAGGAGGAAGGAUGUCUCCUCGGAAUGUUGUUGAGCCAAUAUCACCAAUGAGUUCUCGCGUCUCCAUGUUGGCUCAAUGUGUGAAGCAGCAGCAGCAGCAACAACAGCAACAGCAGCAGCAGCAGCAGCAGAAUCAGUUCCGUAGCUUGAGAUCCAGGGAGCAGCUUAGAACAAACUCUAGCCCUAUCGUUGGUUCACCGGUUAAUAACAACAAUAAUAACAACUCGUGGUCAUCACAGUGGGGUUCAUCAAAUGGUAAACCGGAUUGGGGAAUGAGCUCAGAGGCAGCACUUGGUGAGCCUGAUGUUUCAUGGGUUCAGUCACUGGUGAAGGAGAAUCCAACAGAGGCCAAUGAGAAAGCAGCUGCUACCUCGUCUAACACAAUGCAGCCAACAACUACAACGUCUGAAAUGGUAAUGGAUCAUGCUGGACUUGAAGCUUGGAUUGAGCAAAUGCAGCUCGAUCAGUUCGUAGCUCAGCAGAAUUGAGAGGUGGUAGAGGUGGUAACAAGAUUAACAAAAGAAGGAAGAUGAUUUUCUAUGUUUUUGGUCAAAUUAAUUUUCACAAAUUUUUAGAGAAGAGAAGGGAACAACAAAACAAGAAAAAGGCUUUAUGGGAAGGAAGGAGAAGAAAAAAUAAAAACUUAUUGGUUUUCUUUCUCCCGUUUUCAUAUUUAUUUUUAGGAUAUUCUCCCAUUAUCAUGAUUAUUAUUUUUAUUUAUUGUAUGAGUAUUUGUUAUCUUUUAUAUGUUGAGAACCCUGAAAUUAAAUUCUAUAAUAUUUAAUCUUUGGUUUAUCUUAUUUAUC